AUGGACACCCUACUCACAGCAGAGAUUGUCGCCAACUCACCCCAGUUUCGGCGAAAGUCCUCGAUAUUUGUCGAUGCAAUUCAUGAUCUACCUGAAAAGGCUGAUCUUGCCCCGGCACAGCUGUAUAGCACGGAAUCUGGUCGGCUUUUCCACUCGGGCCGAAUAGUCAUUAUCACCGUGGGGUUACCCGCUAGAGGCAAGACACACAUCUCUGUUGCAUUGGCACGGUACCUUCGGUGGCUCGGAGUGAAAACCAGAAUCUUCCAUCUGGGUGAUUACCGACGUGCCACGAUCCCAUUUGGCGAGGAUAUGCCUGAUGACUAUUUUUAUGUGAAUGCCACCGCCUCGUCAGUCCUUCUCCGCCAAAAGAUUGUCAGGAAGUGCCGAGAAGACAUCUAUCACUUCUUGAACCAUGAGAACGGCCAGAUUGCGAUAUACGAUUCCGUGAACCCAUCGGCAUCGGGACGGCGGUCACUUGCCAAGGAGUUUGCCAAACAUGAUAUCGAGACUCUUUUCAUUGAGUCCUGGUGUGAUGAUGAACGAAUCAUCGAGGAGAACGUCCGCAGAGUCAAGAUUUCCUCUCCAGAUUAUGUUUCAUGGCGUCCAGAGGAUGCGGUUAAGCACUAUCUUACCAGGAUCUCCUCUCGAAUUCCUCAGUUCCAGACCAUGGAGGAAAAGGAUCUGAAUUAUAUCAAGAUGAUCAACGCGGGAGAGAGAUUGAUAGUGAACAACCGCAGCUUCGGGUAUCUUUCUAACCGCAUUGUGUUCUACCUACUUAACCUCCACAUCAAGUCUAGACGCACAUACUUUGCGCGGGCUGGGGUCUCAUUAGAGGCAGAUUCGUACAAAGCCGAUGCAUCUCUCUCGGAGCAAGGAGAGGAUUAUGCUAAGAAAAUGACCGAAUGCUUGCUCGCCCAUCGCGAAGCUGAGAAGCAGGCAACAAUCUCCCGGGGUGAGACUGCCACUGAACAGCGGCCUCUGAAGGUCUGGACGUCGACAAGACGUCGUACUGUGGAGACCGCGAGAUAUCUUCAUGAGAAAGGAUACAAGGUCCGCCAGCGGUCUCAAAUGAGUCAGCUCAAUCCGGGUGUCUGCGAGAAAAUGUCAGAAAGGCGCAUUCGAGCCGAAUUUGCGGAUGAGGUCACGAAGCAUGAGCUGGAUCCUUAUCACCACCGCUAUCCCCGUGCCGAGUCCUAUCAUGACCUUGCAGUUCGCUUGGAGCCGAUCAUUCUCGAAUUGGAGCGAGAGCAAAAUGACUUGCUCAUUAUUGCUCAUGAAAGCGUUCUGAGGGUUUUAUAUGGGUACCUCAUGGCUUGCAAUGCCGCUGAUAUCCCUUUCCUAGAAUUUCCCCGUGACGAGAUUAUUGAGAUCAUCCCGGAAAGCUACCAAAAUGAAGCACAACGAAUUCAUAUUCCCGAUCUCCCUGAAGAAAUUAUUCCUGCCUCACCCGAAGACCUGAAGAUUCCAGUGCCCCCAAGUGGGGUUGUCUCUCCGAUGCAAGGACUGGGAAGUCCACAGGAUGGUAUGGGGACUCCCCAGAGUGGUUAUCGGACCCCCAGUGGGAUUCGUACUCCCCGUGAACCCGAAAGGCUCUCCCAGCAACAUGUUGAAGACGUUGUAUAG